UUUAAGCGCUCCGCGUUUAUCAUAUUGGUAGCUGUCUUCUUUUCUCCCUCUACAGUGCAAUGGCCACCGCCGUCAUAGCUCCCGACCCGAAAAAGCUCCCGCGCUCGGGUCGGGGCGGGUUUCAAGCUCACGGACUAACUGAAGAAGAGGCCCGAGUUCGAGCUAUUGCCGAAAUCGUGAACUCCAUGGUGGAACUGUCACGGAAGAACCAAACGGUAGACCUCAACGCCAUCAAAUCCGCCGCGUGUCGAAAAUACGGUCUCGCACGCGCCCCUAAGCUGGUGGAGAUGAUCGCUGCACUUCCUGAGGCGGACCGUGAGUCCCUGCUCCCUAAACUCCGAGCCAAACCUGUCCGAACCGCCUCCGGAAUCGCAGUGGUGGCGGUUAUGUCGAAGCCGCAUCGGUGCCCGCAUAUUGCGACUACGGGUAACAUUUGCGUGUAUUGCCCCGGUGGACCGGACUCGGAUUUUGAGUAUAGUACUCAGUCGUAUACUGGAUAUGAGCCGACUAGCAUGCGAGCAAUUCGAGCCAGGUAUAACCCAUAUGUCCAGGCGAGAAGCCGGAUAGAUCAGCUGAAGCGAUUGGGUCACAGUGUGGAUAAGGUUGAAUUCAUCUUGAUGGGUGGUACUUUCAUGUCACUUCCUGCAGAUUACCGAGACUAUUUUAUUAGGAAUCUUCAUGAUGCUUUAUCAGGACAUACCUCUGCCAAUGUUGAAGAGGCAGUUUCUUACUCCGAGCAUAGUGCAGUGAAGUGCAUUGGAAUGACAAUUGAAACUAGGCCAGAUUAUUGCCUCGGCCCUCAUUUGCGCCAAAUGCUUUCUUAUGGUUGUACAAGACUGGAGAUUGGAGUCCAAAGCACAUAUGAGGAUGUCGCUCGUGACACUAAUAGAGGACACACAGUUGCUGCGGUAGCUGAUUGUUUUUGCUUGGCAAAGGAUGCUGGUUUCAAGGUUGUUGCUCAUAUGAUGCCUGAUCUUCCGAAUGUUGGCGUUGAGAGAGACUUGGAAAGCUUUAAGGAGUUUUUUGAGAGCCCUUUAUUUCGAGCUGAUGGGCUUAAAAUUUACCCCACCCUUGUAAUCCGUGGAACUGGCCUAUAUGAGCUCUGGAAAACUGGCAGGUAUAGAAAUUACCCACCUGAGCAGCUUGUAGACAUUGUGGCAAGGAUCUUGGCCAUGGUUCCUCCUUGGACACGUGUUUAUAGGGUCCAGCGGGAUAUUCCAAUGCCUCUGGUUACUUCUGGGGUUGAGAAAGGAAAUCUUCGUGAACUAGCUUUAGCACGUAUGGAUGACCUGGGCUUGAAGUGUCGGGAUGUUCGAACACGUGAAGCUGGAAUCCAGGAUAUCCACCAUAAAAUUAAACCUGAAGAGGUUGAGCUUGUUCGACGUGAUUAUACAGCAAAUGAAGGUUGGGAAACAUUUUUGUCUUAUGAAGAUACACGUCAGGAUAUUCUUGUUGGGCUGUUGCGGCUGCGAAAAUGUGGCCGGAACACUACUUGCCCCGAACUAAUGGGGAAAUGUUCUAUCAUCCGUGAGCUUCAUGUGUAUGGAACCGCCGUUCCGGUGCACGGCAGGGAUGCUGACAAACUGCAACAUCAGGGUUACGGUACACUUCUGAUGGAAGAAGCUGAACGGAUAGCCAGCAGAGAACAUAGAUCGACAAAAAUAGCUGUUAUAUCUGGUGUAGGAACACGGCAUUAUUAUAGGAAAUUAGGGUAUGAGCUGGAAGGCCCUUACAUGGUGAAAUAUAUCGUCUGAUGAGGUUAGUUUCGAGAUACAGAAAACAGCUUAAAAUUCUAGCAACGCAUAAAUCGUAAUUUUUGUUCAAAUUGUUUGCCUGCAUGAAGCCGUAUUUGUAUGCUCUCCUUCAAAUAUUUUCAGAAGAUCACGGAGAUUUAUACGGUUUCUUGAUAGAAUAUUAUAAUACAAAAGGUGGAGUGUUGGAGUA